AUGGCCAGCAUCGAAAGUCAAGUAUCCAAGCAGAGCCAAGCUCCCCUACAAAAUGACAAUGAGAACGCAGAGCAACUGGCAACCCUUGCAGAAGGCAAAGUCGCCGAUGCAGUGAAGGGAACAAGCACAAGAGACAAGCCCCGCAAGGAUGACAUUAAGAUAGAAGACUUUGCCUCCGACAUUGACAGGAAAAAGGCAGAGCAGGCCGAGGCUAGAGAGGAAAUCAAGGCUCAGAGACAAGCGGGUGUAGAUGUCGAUGGAAGUCUCGGUCAGGGCAGGCUGAGUAACGAAGACAACAGCAGUGUUUAA